AUGGGACAACAUCAUCAAGGAAAGGUGGACAUGACCUCUUCAUCAUCAUCAUCUUCCAAAUCCACUCGGACUCCACCAACAAACAAUAAAAACAAAUUUUCGGACAGAAUUUCAGAACUUAAACAUCAGUUGAGUCAUGAGGAUUUCAAUAAUGAUGAAACAACGUUGGAACAGGUCCUAUCAGCUCAACAAUUCAACUCUGCUUCUCCGAUGAUUCAAAAUCAUCAUAAUAUUACAAACUCCGUUAGUCCUAUGAAAAACCCUUCUCAAGAUCAAGCAGUUGUUCCACACGAGGUCGUUUCUUCAACAGAAAUUAUUAAUCUCAUCUUUGAUACUGAUAUUGCAUCGGAUAUUGAUGAUUCAUUGGCUCUUCUUUCAUUGUUGCAUUUACCUUCGGAAUGUGUUCGUGUGAUUGGAGUUACCACCGUGUAUGGUUAUGUUGAAAUCCGAUCAGCAGUUUCUCGUCGAAUCAUUCAAGCUCAUGAACAAGAUUUAGGCAUCAAAUUGGAUAUUCCCAUAGUCACAGGUUCCAAUUAUCCAAUUCAUGAACCAGUGGUGUUACCUUGUUGGCAUGCUCGAACGGAAGGAAUUGGUGUAUUGACGGAUGAUGAAAUUAGAGAAUUGAAAGCACAACAAGAUUGUUUUCUCGAUCGUCAUGAAUUGGAGAAGGUCUAUUCGAGAAGAGCUGCCGAGUUUAUAUCCGAUAAAGCACAAGAAUUGAAUGGAAAUUUAACCAUUGUUUCAUUGGGAGCUUUGACCAAUGUUGCCAUGGCUCUCCAAUUGAAUCCUCAAUUACCAAAACUUUUGAAAAAACUCGUGUUUAUGGGUGGUGGAGUGGUUCCUGUCGAUUCUGAUCUUCCUCAAGUAUUUGAGAAAGGAAAGGAAUAUCAUUGUCAUUCAUGUCAUAAUAUAAGACAAGAUCAGUAUGCAGCUGCCAUGGUGUUCGCAGCAGGAUUUAAUUUCUAUUGUGUAGGACACACGGUGACUCAUAGCGUUUGGUUCGAGGGAUCAGUUGUUGACAAAAUGAAAAGUCUUUCCUUUCAUAGAGGAAUAGAUCCCUACUCGAAUGACAAUAUUGUAGAGGAAUAUCAAGAAAAUUAUUUACGAGCGACUCACAUUGUGGGAACACUAUUGGAUGUUUGGCUCAAACAUCGAACUUGUUCUUUUCAUAAACCCAUUAAUGGAACUUGUCCUCACGAUGCUCUUACAACCUAUGAAGCCAUCUUUACAGGAAAAUUCUUAAAUUACGUGAGAGGACAUUUUGUGGUGAAUGAGCAAGAUGGACGAACAUGUUUUUUGUAUGAUCCUAAUGGAAAUGCUCAUAUUGCCAUUUCAUGGAAAGAUGGAAUGGUCAACAAGAUGAUGGAAUUACUGAAAGAAACCAUGUUCAAGUCAUUGAAUUCCAUGGACUCUUUGAAAAACUUUUUAUAG